UGGCAUACAAAUAUCAAGAUAUAUUUUGCAGCUCCAUCUGAUGUCAGUUUUGGGCUAUGUCAUCAUGGGGUUCAAGCACAAGUUCGACUUGGAGAAGCAGGUCACGUUCUACAUGUCUUACCACAGCGACCCGACCAACAAAACCCUCCAUCUCCUAUGCAUCUGGCCCAUCCUUCUCUCUGCCAUCUUCCUUCUCUGCACCACGGCUCCGUUCGUCGACGUCGCACAGGCGCUCCACCCAUAUGUAGUCGCCAAUGCUGCUCUCGUCGGGGUUUUGAUUUACGUCUUGUGGUACAUCGUGCUGGAUCCAUAUGCCGGCACCCUUGCAGCCGCUCUCAUUGUUUCCAUGUACGUGUGGUCGAAUGUUGUCAUUGCCGACGCCGUUGCCGCAACUGGCGAGUCACCGUGGCGCCUUGCCCUGGGAAUCCACGUAACGGCAUGGAUUAUCCAAUUCAUCGGCCAUGGCGUAUUUGAAAAGCGAGCCCCCGCCCUUCUCGAUGCGUGGGAUCAAGCCAUCAUCACCGCCCCGCUGUUCGUGCUCCUGGAAGUGCUGUGGGUGUUUGGGUACCGCCGGGAGAUGCAGGCUCGCAUUGAGGCCCAAGUCGCUGUGAACGUGGCGACGUUCAAGCGAGAGCGAGCGCAGCGACUCAAGGCAAGCAAGACCGCUUAAGUGUUUGUUUUGAUAUUGAUUGCAUCUUGUAGAACAGGUAUCCAACCUUGACGUGGACCAUCAUUUGUGCAUAUCACAGUAUUUGAAGUUAAUUGGCCUAGACAUAAAAAGCACAUACAGAGAGUUUGAUAAUAUAAUGAAAAUAUACGGAA